UGAGCACCUGGCGGCUCCUUCCCGAGCAGGGAGUCCAUCCCACCUCUCUGUCCUGUUUCCCGACCCGUACGCUUUCCCCUCAACUCUCGCGCACGAAUGGUUAAAAAAAAAAAAAAAAAAAAGGGUGUGAGGCUGGAGCCCGCCAGCCAGGCCUCUCGCUCCUAAGCGCGCGCCCUCAGCGAGGACCCGCGCGAGCUGCCCGUGACGCUGCCUGCGCUGUUUGAAACUGCAGAACCCGUUACGAGCUUGAGGCAACUACCGUUCCAGCUGGUUCCGGAGCCCGUGCGGGCCAAGGGGCGAGUGGCGGUCUCGAGGCGGCUCUGGCCUUUCGCGUCUCCACCGCGUGGAGACUAGAACCGGCACUUUCGCAGGACACCACUUCCAAUCGCAGCGCUGGCGCGGGCGGAGGCUAAAACACGGGGGUCCUGAGACUGAGGAAAACGCGCCAAGUUCCCGUCGGUGGUGGAGUGAGGAAGACCCUAGCGGUUAGGACGCCGGGCGAGCGGAGCUGCUUCUGGCGCUCCUUGCCGUCCCGGGGCGGGGGCGGGCGCGGGCGGGCGCCGCUCCGGGGAUGUAGUUGGUGCGGGCGCCGGGCAGGACCGAGCGGCAGCCCGGGUUCCCGCUCUUCAGAGCGAAUGGUCACUCCCCCGCGGGGAGGGCGAUCCGACCAGCUUUUCCUUGGGUCGGGGGGCCCCCGCGGGCUCGGGGCAGGGGCUCACCUGUGGCACCCACGCUCGGCCUGGUUGGACUUGUCGGCGUCACCGCCGCGGACCUCGCUUUGGGCCAUGACCAGAUAUGAUUGGUGAUUACAAGGUUCCUAUAUAAAUUAAUUCUUGUCCACUCCUUGGGAUUUGAAGAGAAAAUGCCUGGUGUCAUACCUAGUGAAAGUAAUGGGCUUUCAAGAGGUAGUCCAUCCAAAAAAAACAGACUUUCCUUGAAGUUUUUUCAGAAAAAGGAAACCAAGAGAGCCUUGGAUUUCACAGAUUCUCAAGAAAAUGAAGAAAAAACUUCUGAAUACAGAGGAUCUGAAGUCGAUCAAGUUGUUCCUGCAGCACAGUCCUCACCUAUAAACUGUGAGAAGAGAGAAAACUUGUUACCAUUUGUGGGACUGAAUAAUCUCGGCAAUACUUGUUAUCUUAAUAGUAUCCUUCAGGUAUUAUAUUUCUGUCCUGGUUUUAAAUCUGGAGUGAAGCACUUAUUUAAUAUUAUUUCAAGGAAGAAGGAAGCCCUGAAAGAUGAAGCCAAUCAAAAAGAAAAGGGAAAUGGAAAUUGCAAAGAAGAUUCUUUAGCAAGUUAUGAACUAAUAUGCAGCUUACAGUCCUUGAUCAUUUCAGUUGAACAGCUUCAGGCUAGUUUUCUCUUAAAUCCAGAGAAAUAUACUGAUGAACUUGCUACUCAGCCAAGGCGACUGCUUAACACACUCAGGGAACUCAACCCUAUGUAUGAAGGAUAUCUACAGCAUGAUGCACAGGAAGUGUUACAGUGUAUUUUGGGAAAUAUUCAAGAAACAUGCCAACUCUUAAAAAAAGAAGAAGUAAAAAAUGUGACAGAGUUAUCUAAGGUAGAAGAAAAACAUCAGAAAGAGGAAAUGAGUGGUAAUGACAGCAUGGAGAUGGACAACAUGAAGCAUUCUGAAGACUAUAAAGAAAAACUCCCAAAAGGAAAUGGGAAAAGAAAAAGUGACACUGAAUUUGGUAACAUGAAGAAAAAAGUUAAAGUCUGUAAGGAACAUCAGUCUUUGGAAGAAAACCAGAGACAAACCAGAUCCAAAAGAAAAGCUACAGGUGAUACAUUAGAGAUUCCUCCUAAAAUAAACCCCAAAUACAUUUCUGAAAAUGAGAGUGGAAGACCCUCACAAAAGAAAUCAAGAGUUAAAAUAAAUUGGUUAAAGUCUUCAGCUAAGCAACCCAGCAUUCUUUCUAAAUUCUGUAGUCUGGGGAAAAUAACAACAAACCAAGGAUCCAAGGGACAAUCUAAAGAAAAUGAGUAUGAUGUUGAAGAGGACUUGGGAAAGUGUGAAAAUGAUAACACAACUAAUGGUUGUGGACUUGAAUCUCCAGGGAAUAAUGUUAUGCCCAUUAAUGUUAAUGAAGUUAAGCCCAUAAACAAAGGUGCAGAGCAAAUUGGUUUUGAGUUAGUCGAGAAAUUAUUUCAAGGUCAACUGGUAUUAAGGACUCGUUGCUUAGAGUGUGAAAGUUUAACAGAGAGAAGAGAAGAUUUUCAAGACAUCAGUGUACCAGUGCAAGAAGAUGAACUUUCCAAAGUAGAGGAAAGUUCUGAAAUUUCUCCAGAGCCAAAAACAGAAAUGAAGACCCUGAGAUGGGCAAUUUCACAGUUUGCUUCAGUGGAGAGGAUUGUAGGAGAAGAUAAAUAUUUCUGUGAAAAUUGCCAUCAUUACACUGAAGCUGAACGAAGUCUUUUGUUUGACAAAAUGCCUGAAGUUAUAACUAUUCAUUUGAAGUGCUUUGCUGCUAGUGGCUUGGAGUUUGAUUGUUAUGGUGGUGGACUUUCCAAGAUCAACACUCCUUUACUGACACCUCUUAAAUUGUCACUGGAAGAAUGGAGCACAAAGCCAACCAACGACAGCUAUGGAUUAUUUGCAGUUGUAAUGCAUAGUGGCAUUACAAUUAGUAGCGGGCAUUAUACUGCUUCUGUUAAAGUCACUGACCUUAACAGUUUAGAACUAGAUAAGGAAAACUUUGUGAUCGACCAAAUGUGUGAAGUAGGUAAGCCAGAACCACUCAAUGAGGAGGAAGCGAGGGGUGUGGUUGAAAAUUAUGAUGAUGAAGAAGUGUCCAUUAGAGUCAGUGGAAGUACCCAGCCAAGUAAAGUUUUGAACAAAAAAAAUGUAGAAGCUAUUGGACUUCUUGGAGGACAAAAGAGCAAAGCAGAUUAUGAGUUAUACAACAAAGCAUCUAAUCCUGAUAAAGUUGCCAGUACAGCACUUGCUGAAAACAGAAAUUCUGAGACUAAUACUAAUGGGACCCAUGAAUCUGAUAGAAACAAGGAAUCCAGUGACCAAAUAGGCAUUAAUAUUAGUGGAUUUGAGAACAAGAUUUCGUACAUAGUGCAAAGCUUAAAGGAGUAUGAGGGGAAGUGGUUGCUUUUUGAUGAUUCUGAAGUGAAAGUUACUGAAGAGAAGGACUUCUUGAAUUCUCUUUCCCCUUCUACAUCUCCUACAUCUACUCCUUACUUGCUAUUUUAUAAGAAGUUAUAGUGAGCGUAUUUUCCUUGUGUAUAUAUUAAACAGACCUGGACAACAUCAGUAAAAGUCUUUAGCUAAUCUUCGGAAGCUAUUGGACAUUAUUGGUCUCUCUAGGUUUUUAUAUAAAUAGUGAUAUUUGAAUUACUGAAAACCAUGUUAAUUUUUAGAAUUCAUCUUCCUUAGUAGAGACUAGUGAUGCAUUAGCUUCUGGGAACAAACUUGUAUAGGUUCUUAAUUAUUCAAAAUGGAAGCAUUUAAACACUUUUGAAUUUACACCUAUCUUUUUGUGUUUGAUUUUUAAAAUAAAGUGCUUGUAUUUGUAUCUCCAUAUUUUGGAGUAAUUAUCUACAUGAGGUUUAUAGGUCCUGUGGUUUUUUCCAGCUAAGAAGCAGAAUCUCACUUUAGUUUUUUAUAAGUCAUGAAGCCAAAUCUUUGAUGGGCUAUAUUAGAGGCACAAAGUCUGGAAUAUGUACGUAUUCACAAUAGGGUACAUUUUGUGCCUUGAAUUACUUUGAAAAGUGUCUCAGAAAGCUUUGGUAGUCUGUCUUCACGAGAGUUUUAUAUGUAUUUAUGAAGAUGCUUCUGUACUCUAGUAAAUCUUUUCGGGCAUGUACUAAUUUGUACCUCUUCAUAGUCAUACUCUGCAUGAUCUGUAUAUAGUACAUCAAAGGUAGACGCGUGACCUUAAAUUUAACAUUUUUUUAAAAACUGGGAGGUCAAUAAAAUUUAAACUGCUUAACAACUAUGUAUACAAAUGCUUGAAGUUUUGUUGCAUUUUUUUUAAUAUCACAAGUUUGGCUGGUUUCUCCUAAGAGUAUGUGAAAUGUGUUACGUAUAUACACACAUCUAGAUAAGAAAAUAAACAUGCGUAAUUACCUUUAGUAAUAAUACUUUUUCACAGUUGGAGGUAAAGAAAUUCUCAAAGAGGAGAGUGUGUCCGUCUAGGUUGUCAUACCUUAUCCUUUAAAGCAGAUGUAUAACUAAGGAAUCUCAAACUGGAGAACUUAAAAAACUUGGUUAAAUUUUCAUUGUAAAUAUAAGUUGGUAAAUGACCCAUUUUCGUUUUAUAUAUAAGUUGGUAAAUGACCCAUUAUGACUUGUUAAAGGAUAUAAGGAUAUUUUUGACAUUAAGAACGUUAAAAAUAAUCCCAAAGAAUAUGUAAGUGCUCUAGGAAUAACACUGCUGUACACCAUUUCAACACAAAGAGUAUCUGUCAACUAAUAGAUUACAGUUAAAUAAUGUCUUAGAAACUCUUUCACAAGAUGGUGUGAUAUAAAAAGUCACAGUUCUUACCUCUUUCUAUAUUCAGAAUCACUAAUGUGACUUUUAAAAAGUUAACAGUGCUAAAUACUACCCAUAAGCAGCUGAGGGAGUAGGAAUCACUAAUGGAUAAAGUGAUUAUAAAAUGAAACAGUCCUGAACACUACUCAUAAGCUUCUGGUGGAGUAGUUCCUUGUAUAGAGAACCUGAGCUUCUGUAAUACUCAAGAAACAGCCAAGGGUAAGAACUAGUACAGAUUCUUCAUAAGAGAAAGUUUAAGAAAACUGAAGAAUAUAGUAAGUUAGGAAGUGUUCAGUUAUACCAAUGUUUUAAGAGAAAGCCUCUUCUGAUUCAAGUCAGACAGUAGUAUUGCAUGAUAACUGAAUCAUUAAUUACAUAAAUCUUAAAAGCCCCUAUAGUGUAACUGAGCUGGGUCACAAUCCAAACUCUUAAAAUACAUGUAACCUUAUGAGAAAUGAGCUAGGAAUUACUUAAUAUUCUUCCCCCCAUCCUUACCCUAGAGAGGAUGGAGUAUGUAUGUUACCUUUUUUUUUUUGGUUUGUUUUAAAGGGUUUCCGUUCUUGACAUUGCCUUUUCCUUACUGUUCAUCUGGAGCCUCUGUUCCCAAAUAUAGUUUUGAAGUUAUGCCUUUCUGACUCCCUAGUCAUCUCUUUUGGUCCACCUGUAGACUCACCUGAAAAAACUCUGUGGUUCAGUCUUUGAAUUGAUGUAGAUAAGAGGCAUUUGAGAUAAUAUCACCUGUUACAAAGGUAGGUUAAGAGUGGGGGAAGCCAUCAAUCGCAUCUAUGUAUCAGACAUUUUUGAGACUGUUCUCAACAUCAGUGACAGAAUGAAGGCACCAUAUUAUAUCUGAUUGCUUCUUAAGUGAUUCAUGUAAGUGGUCAGUAGAUCAAAAGGAUAGAUUAUAAUAUAAAUGAUGCCAAUACUAUAUACUACAAGCUAUAGUAUCACAAAAGGAAAAAACAUUGUUUAAAACACUCCUAGAAAUCAUUAACAUGCACUUUCUUGGAAAAAUUUGCCAAGCAAUUGAACAUAAAAUCUUUGUAUUUUUCAUAUUAUAAAGUGAAAAUUUUAAAUUAAUUAGCUCUUAAUUAGAACAGCUAAAUUUACCUUUCACAUGUACUUUUAAAAAUCUACACAAAUGUCAAAAAAUAACUUCUCAUUCAACUGUCAGAUUAAAAUUGAACACCAGCUCUGUUAUUUUUAUGUUGAUGUAAGAUAAAUUUAAAACUUUUUUAUUUACCAGUUUAGAUCACUAAGAAACUGAAGAAAUGACUGGCUUGUUGAAUUUAAACACAGUAGUCAUUCAUUUUAGUUGCCAAGAGUCAGCUCAUACUACUUAUCAGAUAAUAAGGUAGAGAGUUAAAGAUCAAACUAUUGUCACUGGAAUUAGCUAUCUCAGCAUGUAACCAUUAUAGAGAAGAGUUAUCAGGUAAAGUUAUUUUCUGCAAUUCUAAAUCCCCUUUUAUGGCUGUCUAAAUGGAAAAUAGCUUAGAAACCAGUUUUAAGACUUCACAAACCAGUUAAUAAUUUAUCUCCAUUAAUUUAUUCAUUAAUUUGGGGCUUUUACCUGGGCCUAUAUAGUAACUGUCAAUUACAAUUUUCACUUUGCUAGUUUUGGAACUAUUUCUUCAAUCAACUCUAACUUAUUCUCUGCUUUUGUCAAUAAAGAAAAAUGUUUAAAGUCUCAACUCAGUAAAAUUAGUGUAAACGUUCACAUAUUUAAUAGUACCUUUAAAAUAAGCAUUACUACAUUUUAAAUGGUUCCAAAAUGAAUCUAUAAAUGGUAAUAUAAAUUAAGAAAUACAAACUUAAAAGUAAAUAAAUUUCACAUCAGCUAUGGUAUAAAUAAUGGUAAAUGUAAGUGUACCUUUGAGUCAUUAAAAUGUCUUUAAAAAAAAAAAAAAAAA